CACUCGCCGCUCGCCUCACACGGCUAGCUAGCUACCUACCUACACGAAGAACCAGAGCUUCUCUCGCUCGCCUUGCCGUGCGUGAUCUUGCUCUUUCUUUCUCUCUAUGGAGGCCUCGCCGCCUCGCAGCGACACCUUCUCCCGCGACUACAAGCCGGGGCCAUCGUUCGAGCGCCUGGACGCCGACGCCGCCCUCGGCGAGUCCUUCAGCAGCUCCACCGCGUCCUUCUCCUUCAUCGACAUGGACCCCGAGGAGCAGCUGUUCUCGAUGCGGUGGACGUCGUCGUCGUCCGAGGGAGACGGGCUCCGCUUCGGCCUGCCGCGCGCUGCGGGGGCGUGCAGCUCCCCGCUGCUGCCCGCCAGCGCCGGCCUCGUGUUCUCGGACGACAGCCUUCUUCUCCCCUGCGACGCGUCGGCGUGCUCCUCGCCGGCGUUCCACACGGCGCAGAGCACGCCGGCGGCGUCCGUGGCCAGCUCGGCCCGGCGCCCAGCUGGCGGCGCUAAGCCGCUGCUGGCGACGCGGAGGAUCCUGCUCAGGUACCUGCGCUUCCUCGUGCCCCUGUGCCGCAAGGCGAGGGCGCUGCGGCGGCUGCCGGUGCCAGCAGGGCGGGUGUUCUUCCCCGCGCCACGCACCAGGGCGCUGGCCACGGCGACCCCAGCGCGCCGGUCGACGUCCAGCGCCUCCUCGCCGUCGCCGCCCGCCGCCGCGGAGUACUGGUGCCACGGCAACGCCGACGUCGCCGUGCGCGACGCCAUCCUCCACUGCAAGAAAUCCUUGCUCACCGCUUGCGCCGAGUGCUGAAUGGGGCUCUCGGCCUCUCGCAAUGCAAGAACGCUUUCGGCGAAGCGACUAAGGGAUUCGAGAGGAAGAUGGAUAUAAUAUUUCGUCUACUCUUUUUUUCUUUUUCACGUAGUUUUGAUUUUGCAUGUAUGUGCAUACAGUACAGUGGUGAUGAAUUGUGCCCAUGGGAAUUUGGUCUUGUGAGGCGAUUUAGUUACUGUCUCUUUGUACAGUAGAGGCAUGGCGUUCUCUGUGUUCUCUUUCUCUGUAACUAUGCAUCCGUCGGGGGCAUCGAGCCAGUGCAAAGUGCUGGAACAAACAG